AGGUCGCGGGCUACCGGCUGCGUGCGGGGCUGAGGGCGAGCGAAGCUUGUGGUGGUGGGUAAGAGCUGCGCGCCCGGCCGUCGGGGCCGCGUGUGCCCGCGGCGGGCGGGGGCGGAGGGGGCCGCCCCCGUCGCCCGCCGCCCCCGUCGCCCACCGCCCCUUCCCAUCCCCUCCUCCACCCACCCGCCCGCCCGCCCGGCCCAGCCCGGCUCCGCUCGGCUCGGCGCUGUGAUUGGGCGGAAGAUGGCGCUGGGCGGAUGGAAAUCCUAAUGACAGUCUCCAAAAUCGCCUCCAUCUGUACCAUGGGCGCCAAUGCCUCAGCUUUGGAGAAAGAGAUUGGUCCGGAACAAUUUCCAGUCAAUGAGCACUAUUUUGGUUUGGUUAAUUUCGGGAAUACAUGCUACUGCAAUUCUGUUCUUCAGGCACUUUAUUUUUGUCGACCAUUUCGAGACAAAGUCUUAGCGUACAAGAGUCAACCAAGAAAAAAAGAGAAUCUCCUUACAUGCUUAGCUGAUCUCUUCCACAGUAUAGCCACCCAGAAGAAAAAAGUUGGAGUAAUACCUCCCAAGAAAUUUAUAACAAGAUUACGAAAAGAAAAUGAGCUUUUCGAUAACUACAUGCAACAGGAUGCACAUGAGUUCUUAAACUAUCUAUUAAAUACAAUUGCGGAUAUCUUGCAAGAAGAAAGAAAACAAGAGAAGCAAAAUGGUCGCCUCCCUAAUGGCAACAUCGACAAUGAAAACAACAGCCCGCCAGACCCAACCUGGGUUCAUGAAAUCUUUCAGGGAACAUUAACUAAUGAAACCAGAUGUCUUACAUGUGAAACUAUAAGCAGCAAAGAUGAAGACUUCUUAGACCUUUCAGUUGAUGUGGAGCAGAAUACUUCAAUCACUCAUUGUUUAAGGGGUUUCAGCAAUACAGAAACUCUGUGCAGUGAAUACAAAUAUUACUGUGAAGAAUGUCGCAGUAAGCAAGAAGCACAUAAAAGGAUGAAAGUAAAAAAGCUGCCUAUGAUUCUAGCUCUCCAUUUGAAGAGAUUUAAAUACAUGGAUCAGCUGCAUCGAUAUACAAAACUCUCUUAUAGAGUAGUUUUUCCUUUAGAGCUUCGUCUAUUUAACACCUCAGGAGAUGCCACCAAUCCUGACAGAAUGUAUGACCUUGUUGCUGUGGUAGUUCAUUGUGGAAGUGGCCCUAACAGAGGACAUUAUAUUGCAAUAGUGAAGAGUCAUGAUUUUUGGUUGCUUUUUGAUGAUGAUAUUGUUGAGAAAAUCGAUGCACAAGCUAUUGAAGAAUUCUACGGGUUGACAUCAGACAUCUCAAAGAACUCUGAGUCUGGUUACAUCCUCUUCUAUCAGUCCCGGGAUUGAGGGGGAACGGUAGCGAAGGGAGAUUCUUGCAUCUCGCGCCUUCUCUAUCUUGGAAUGGAGCAAGCACUGAACAAAAAAAGGAAAGCAAGGAUCUCCCGGGGUAGGAGCACAGUUUGCACACAACUAAGCAAAGAGUUUGGGAUUCUUAGAACCUUUGUAUCAUUUUCGUUUUAUUUGCUCAGGUAUCAUGCUGACUACACAUCUCCACUGCAUCCCAUAAGCAAAAAGAGAGAUACCAGCCACUCUUGCAGGAGCUUUUGUUAGGUAGUACCAUCUCUGUGGUCCUAAUUCAAAGCCUGUUAAGGUCACUGAAGAGCUUUUCAUGGACUUCAGUGGAAUUUGAAUGAGGUUCUAACUGCACUGCCAGACUCGUGCAAUAGGAGCGUUAGAAAUCUGUAUCUUAUACAGACUUUGUGUAUGAAAGGUAAAUGACUCUUUGUGGACUUAGUUUCCUGUGCUAAAGUUUAAAAGAAUGAGGUUGGGAGGGUUAACGUGUAAGCAAGAAGAUAUAUCUGGGCCCAACACAAUUGCCUUCUUGAUGGUAGUAGUUUAACUGAAGGUGUAAACUGGUGUCGGGGAGGCAAGUAUGUUUUGCUUCUCUGAAGAAGCUUACGUUAUUUAUAAAGUAUGCUCGGGAACAAUCAGUCAAGAUUAUGGCUUUUAAUCCCCUUAUGGGGAAAGAUUUGGUUUGUAAUAGUAUAUUUUUAUUUAUAACUUAUUGUGACUUAGGAUCUUGUGUAUUGUCCUUUAUUCUAACAAGUAUUGGAGAUUUUAUAUAUUGAUUUGAACUAAAACCUUUCUUUUUUAACAUUUAAAUGGUAAAGAGGAGCCAACAUAGAUUCUAAAAACAAUGCCUACAGUAUCUGUGAAAAAAUGGAUAACACAGAGGAGAGAUUUCCUCCUGGAGGAACUGGUAUCUAAAUGAGGUACUAUAUUUCAUUAAAUUAGAAUAGCCUCUCUUUCUUUGGGUGAAAAAAGUGAUCCAACUAUUACACAGAAGCCUUGAAGAAUACAUUAUUUUAAGAAAGCGAUGGUGCAGUGGUGAUCUUUACAGUUCCUUAAUAAUUUGUUAAUAUUUCAAACUCUAAGUAAAUCAGAAUGAUUAGGAUCAAAGCAAACCAUUGUAAGAAUAUUAUUCCCUCUCCUGUAAAUGGAUCCACUUCUGUUCUGAAUGGCGUGGGUGACUAUCUCAAAAAACGCUGAAGGUCUCAAAUGUAAAUUAAAGUUUGAGUAAUAAGAGGGAAAAAAGCUUGGAAUUUCGUGAGACUGAAGAUACCACAUUGGUUUGAAAGUAACAAUACUUAGGUCCUAUAGGGUGAAAAUGCCUGAAACUAAGCAAACCUUUGCUUUGGGUUUAUGAAACAGCAUAAGGAAUUAAAUCUUGACAAAACACCUGGUAUGUAAGAAAUGUGAACAAUUGUGAUUUGACAUUCUUCCACUUACCUGUACGUUGUCUGACAGUAGCUGAAUGUAAUUUCUGGAAAGUCAGGGGAUGUGUGUUCCAGAUGAUGGCAAUCAGGUCUUGGAUGUCUUUGUCAGUCCCUCUUCAGCUAGUGAUUUUUACAUUAUUGUAAUUUUCUUAGGUUAUUUUAUUGAUACUGUUACAACUUUAAAAAAGAAUGUGUCCUGUCUGCUGCUAUAACUGACUAUUAACUUACCUGUAUCUUUUAGCUCAGGAAAUGACUUCACCUAUUCACUCAGUUAAACAAACCUUUACCAGGGUCACUAAAUUAAUUGGGCUAUUUAGCAACUGUCAUACUGUAACAAAUUGCUUUUGUAAAAUGCAGAGUUUCUAAAGCCUUGGUUUGGCUAGAAUUCUUUUAUAGAAAAUUAUGCAUCAUGAUGAAACUACCAGCAUUGUAAAGUAAAGCUUAAAUAUUGUUGGGGAUGCAGAAAAUCGGAUUGGAUUUUUCUUAAGGGAUUCAAAUCAUUUGAAAACCUUUUCUCAGCUUUCAGUCGGAAAAGGACUGGGGGGCGAAUCAGUUGGGAUAAUGGUGCAUGUUAGAAGGAUGAAGUCCUUUGCAUACUAAAGGUACAGUAUUGUAAAAGAGCUGUCACAUUACUUUUUGCUAAUUGAAAAUAUUUGGACUCUUUUUUUUUCUGGUGGUUUGGUUUUUUUCCUUCUGAUGUAGUUAAAAGCUGGGGCUAGUUGCUAAAUAUUUUAUAGCCUAACAAAACUUAAAACAUUUUGGUUGUCUCACUGAUUUUAUUCCUGCUCUGUAUUUUUAUAAGAUAGUGACUUUUAUUUUGUAUAGGGUUUUGGAGAUAGUAUUCCAAAUUAUCUAUUUAUUUUUUCUUUUAGUGCGGCUGAGGUAAUUGUAGUUCUUAAUUAAACUGAUAUCAGAAACUGCAACUUAAAAAACAAAAAGAGGCAGGGAAGUACAAAGUAUAAGUGACUGGUAUGUAAAACAUUAUAGGAUUUUUUGCUUGGCUGUGAUACAGUGGGGAGUGUGGGGAAGUCGUCUGUUGUUGUAAAUGGUGGAAAUUAUUUGCUGUGUAACUAUGUAAAUGUUAAUUGGGACUACAGUCCCUUAUUUUGUAUAUUGGAGCAAAAACAAAACCUUCUAUUAAAUAAAGUAUGUUCUCUAAAGGUAAGUACUGUAUCCUUUGUGGAACCUGAAUGGUCAGCCACCUGCCUUUUGUGCUUUCCAGAGUUUCCAAACAUAAAACUAUCUGGAAUUUCCUGUAUUGAGGGAAGUGCCCUGAGCCGUGGAGGGAGAAGGGUGUUUAACCAGGCUGCAUUGAGUGUCUUUCUAGAUGUGUUGUUAUGAAAAUAGGUCGGGCACAGACAUGUUUUUGGUGGUGUACUUCUCUAGAAUUAGUUUUCAUGUAAGUAGUUGGUUUCUGAGGUAUAGAAGAAGGGAAUGUUUUGAAUUAUUUCUUUCUUGACUUGCAUUUACUCAAAAAAAUACCAUGUAGCUUGUUGUAAAAUACACAUCCAAGUUCCCAAGGGGAUUUCUUGCAUUGGUGGUUUGUGGGAGGGAACGCAGAAGGAAAAAUGGGAGUAUUUACAGCACUGACACAUGAGAGAGACUGACCAAAGAACAAGAGUCCAGCAUUAGAAGAAAAAGAUCCAUCUGGUUACAGUACCCACAUAUGGUUUGGUAUCAAGUCAUUCUUCACUUGGAGUUUGUUUGCUUUCAAAGCAUGGUUUUGUAGUGUAAGUUGUCCACUUUCCCUCUUCCAGUGAAGAGAUGGAUUGAUCUUAAGUUUGUGUGUCUUAGAAACUCAGUCUUUAUUUUUCUCCCUUGAUAAUGCAAUAUGCACAUGUUAUCGUUCCUGUCUUCAAGGCUUCCAAGUCCUCUAACCUCUCACAGCACAGUGUGAGUGUAGAAUACAUUAGUCUCUUCACAUGCACUCUUCCAGUACUCAGUUAUUACUGAAAUUAAUAUUCUACAUAAUCUGUAUUCAAGGGUUGCUCGGUUUGCAGCAGCUUUGCUGCUGAUUGAUUGUUAUAAAUGAACUAUGCAAGUCAACUACCAUGCAAAUGAGCACAAGCUUUGUCUUUUAAAUACAGAGAUCUCUGAAAGCUGUUACUUCCAGUUUUAACCAGAGUGUAGUGAGGCAGAAAUAAACUUUCUUUGGUCUAUAUUAAAAAUGUCUGCAAAACUGUCUGCCUCUUACCAUUUUAGCUUUAAGUGAGUCAAUUUUUAGGCUAAGCCUAAGAAUCUACUGUUAGAGUUGAUGAAUCCCUUUGGGGGAGCUUGUGUAAGAACAUGUUGGAUACAUAAGGAGAAUUCUUUGCAGACAUCACCAGUUUUGAAAUGAGCUGAGUAAUAUCUUCCAGCUUCUUCCCAAAACUGCAAAUAAAUUAUAUUCUUUCUUUCUCUCUAAUGGCUUGUGAUUGCUGCCUGCGUAAGAGAUGGUAAGGGCUCACAAAAGGGCAAGAUACUUUCUAGCUCGCUCUUUGUACAGCGUUAGGGAGCUUUAAUUACAGAAGGAUCAUCAGUUGUGUCCUUGAGCUGCGUUCCGCAGGUUAUGCAAUCCAGGAGAGAAAACAGCAGGAUCUGACACAGAAUAGGGAGAAGGAGCUUUACAAUUAUUUGCUGACACGCUAGAGACAAAAGCAGUGUUUCCUCCAAAGACAAAAUAUGAAACUUAAUGCAGUUUUCUGGUGUUUGGAGAAUUUAAGGAGUGCUCAACACGUUCUGCCAAUCUAGGCUUUUGUUGUUUAUUUAAGAGCCCUGCCUUUGUCUGUGUUCAGUUUGCUAUUUGAGCCUAUAUUUGAAAUUCCCGCCUGUACACUGAUGUUUUUUAGGUUGAUAUGAUUGUAUUAAUGAGUGCUCCUCCAGAAACAUACAUAUGAAACAAAUGCAAUCUUUUAAUGGCCUGAUCUACAAAGCAUCUUCAGCUAUUCACUAAGAGUCAUUGUUGCAUUUUCUGUUACUGAUUUUAAGUUAGAAACAAAAAUAAAUUGAAGAUCUCCAAAUACUUUAUUGACAUACUGUAUUAUUAAAGAAUGCCUCAAAAUCUCUGCAUCUGGCUUGAGCAUCAACUGCUGUCAUCACAUCGUAACACAAGUUGAUGUACGUGAACUGCUUUGAGCUGUGAUGCUUGCGUUAUUUCAACUCUGUUUCACUAAGUGUUGCUUUAUUGUAAUGACUGCUUUCAUCAGCUCUCAUGAGAUGUGCUAACGACGUUCAGCUCGAGUUACAUGCGUUCGUGUGUGUACAUUUGUGUUUCUGGAAGCUGAUUAUCCUGAUGUUAUGUCAUGUCAGUCUUCCCUGCAUUUUUCGUGUCAAGGAAGAUGGCUGAUGCUACAGGCAGCGUUUACUGAAUUUCUGAGCUUUAUUUCAGAGAUGAGGUCGAUGUUUUAAGGUUUUAGUGCUGAAAAUAUCUGGAACUCUUUGUCUUCUAAUCCUCGUGCCUCUCUGCUGAAAGUACUGUUGAAUAUCAAGAAUGUUUGUUGGAGUUAUGAGAUUGAAUAAAGACAGCAUUUGUAUA